UUUACCAUCCCUCACCGGGCUCCUUGGGUCCCUUUUUUCUCACUCCUUCCCUGAGCUUUAGUUCACCUGCUACCAAGUCCCGUUCUUGACUCUCUGGCGCUACCUUUGGGUCUGAUCUCGAGAUGGCCCAGCGCGACGGGGUCGGGAGCUCGCAGCCCAGCUCCUCUAAGCAAGAGGAGGUGGAAGCUGCAGAGGGUAAUCCCCAAAGACCAUUGAGAAUAGAGCGCGAGGAUAGCUCGUUCUUCGACGCGAUGGAGCCUGAACAAAAAGCCGAAUUGACCCGCUUAGCUUCGAAUUUUCCUAGGCGCCAGAGCACUCUCGACCCGGGCGUCGAUGGGGGAAUUGAAAGAAAGGACACACUUGAAGGGCUGGAGAUUGGCGACCCGGUCCUCGAUCCUACCAGUGAUCAAUUUGAUCAUUAUAAGUGGGUUCGAAUGGUGCUGAAAAUGUUGGACAGAGAGGGCAUUCCCCGACCACCUUCGACCGGCGUCGUCUUUCAGCAUCUCAAUGUCUGUGGCUCAGGCUCGGCCUUACAAUACCAGAACAACGUGUCCUCGAUUCUGCUGGCGCCGUUCAGACCACAAGAAUACCUGCCUUGUGUACAACACACCCCGGAAAAGCAUAUCUUGCGUGACUUUGAUGGGCUCCUCAGGAGUGGCGAGCUGUUGAUAGUGCUGGGACGUCCGGGAAGUGGCUGCUCGACGUUUCUAAAGUCAUUAUGCGGAGAACUGCAUGGUUUGAAGCUCCGUAAGAGCUCCGAGAUCCAGUUCAAUGGAAUCUCUAUGGAGAAGAUGCACAGGGAGUUCAAGGGAGAGGUGUUAUACAACCAGGAGGUGGAUAAACAUUUCCCACAUCUGACUGUUGGCCAAACAUUGGAAUUUGCUGCUGCUGCGAGGGCCCCUGAGACUCGAUUGCAGGGCAUCAGUCGCCAGCAGUAUGCCAAGUAUAUCACCCAGGUAGUGAUGACCAUUUUUGGUCUGUCGCAUACGCAUAACACAAAGGUUGGUGAUGAUUACAUCAGGGGUGUUUCGGGCGGUGAACGAAAGCGAGUCAGUAUUGCCGAAAUGGCGGUCUCCGGGGCCCCUGUUGGUGCGUGGGAUAACAGCACCAGGGGCCUUGACUCUGCAAGUGCACUGGAAUUUGUUAAGGCCCUUCGAGUUUCAUCAAACCUAGGUGGUAAAUGCCAUGCAGUUGCUAUCUACCAGGCAUCACAGGCAAUCUACGAUGUUUUUGAUAAGGCAAUCGUUUUGUACGAAGGCCGGGAGAUAUACUUCGGGCCUUGCAGCGAGGCCAAAGAAUACUUCGUCAACAUGGGCUGGUACUGUCCCCCACGCCAGACGACUGGGGAUUUUCUGACAUCAGUCACCAAUCCUCAAGAGCGUCAGGCACGUGAAGGAAUGGAGAACAAGGUUCCUCGAACUCCUGAUGAUUUUGAAAGAUAUUGGAAGACCAGUUCGCAGUAUGCCAGGCUUCAACAGGAAAUCGAGCAGCACUUGAAGGAGUUUCCUUUGGGUGGACAGCAUGAACAGAGAUUCGGUGAAAUGAAGCGACUGAAACAAGCGAAUCACGUUUGGCAGAAGAGUCCAUACAUAAUUUCUAUUCCCAUGCAAGUGAAGCUCUGCACAAUCAGGGCAUAUCAAAGAAUAUGGAACGAUAAACCCUCUACACUGACGAAUGUCAUUGGACGGAUCGCAAUGUCCCUUAUUAUCGGCUCGAUGUACUAUGGAACACCAAAUGCCACUGCGGGCUUCCAAAGUAAAGGAGCCGCUCUUUUCUUCGCCGUAUUGAUGAACGCUCUCAUUAGCAUUACAGAGAUAAACUCCCUUUACGACCAGCGCCCAAUCAUUGAGAAGCAAGCAUCAUACGCCUUUGUUCAUCCUUUCACUGAAGCCUUCGGUGGCGUUGUGUCUGAUAUCCCCGUCAAAUUUGUCUCUGCUGUGGUGUUCAAUAUCAUCUUCUAUUUUCUAGCUGGUUUGCGAUAUGAACCAUCCCAAUUCUUCAUAUUCUUUCUGUUCACGUUCCUAAGCACUCUUGCAAUGUCUGGGAUUUUUCGGACCCUUGCAGCCUCAACGAAAACUCUUGCGCAAGCAAUGGCCAUGGCUGGAGUCAUAGUAUUGGCCAUUGUCAUCUACACAGGCUUUGUAAUCCCUACUCCUCAGAUGUCCGCUAUCCCGUGGUUCAGCUGGAUACGGUGGAUAAACCCCAUCUACUAUACGUUCGAGGCUUUGAUUGCCAAUGAAUUUCACGGCCGGCGCUUUACAUGUUCACAGUUCAUACCAGGAUAUCCAAGCUUGAGUGGAGACUCUUUCAUUUGUUCUGUCCGAGGCAGUGUAGCUGGAGAAAGGAGCGUGUCCGGAGAUGCUUAUAUCCAAACACAGUACAGCUACACAUAUGCACAUGAGUGGAGGAAUCUCGGCAUUCUUAUAGGAUUCUGGAUAUUUUUCACUGCUCUUUACCUGGUUGCAACCGAAGUCAACUCUGCCACUUCGUCCAAAGCCGAAUUCCUUGUCUUUCGGCGAGGCCAUGUACCCCCGCAAAUGCGCAACCUCGACAAACAGCCUGGAGGAGACGCCGGAACCACUGAUGUCGCCUUAGCCCACAGGGCUGCUGAGGCAGAAAAGGACACAUCUGCUCUUCCUAAACAGAGUAGUAUAUUCACAUGGAGAAACGUUUGCUACGAUAUACCAGUCAAGGGGGGUCAACGGCGUCUCUUGGAUAACGUCUCCGGAUGGGUCAAACCCGGAACACUCACAGCGCUGAUGGGUGUCUCAGGCGCAGGGAAAACCACAUUGCUUGACGUUCUAGCCAAGCGUGUAUCGGUAGGUGUCGUUACAGGUGACAUGUUGGUGGAUGGGAGGGCACUUGACAGUAGCUUCCAAAGGAAGACGGGAUAUGUGCAGCAGCAGGACCUUCACCUUUCCACAACAACUGUGAGAGAAGCCCUACGCUUCAGUGCGCUUCUGCGCCAGCCUAAGUCGGUUUCUACGAGAGAAAAGCAUGAAUAUGUUGAGGAAGUUAUCGAAAUGCUUAACAUGCAAGACUUUGCCAGUGCUAUUGUUGGAACACCAGGCGAAGGGCUAAACGUUGAGCAGAGGAAGUUACUGACAAUUGGGGUUGAGCUUGCUGCUAAACCCGCAUUGCUUAUCUUUCUUGAUGAGCCAACAAGUGGAUUAGACUCACAGAGUUCCUGGGCCAUUUGUUCUUUCCUCAGGAAACUUGCAGAUCAUGGCCAAGCAGUGCUCUCAACGAUUCACCAACCCAGCGCUCUCUUGUUUCAACAGUUUGAUCGCCUUCUCUUUCUGGCAAAAGGAGGACGGACGGUUUACUUUGGCGAUAUCGGUGACCAGUCGCGCACCUUACUGGACUAUUUCCAAGCAAACGGAGCAAGGGCUUGUGGGCCAUCAGAAAACCCGGCGGAAUAUAUGCUUGAGAUUAUUGGAGCCGGUGCCUCUGGAAGGGCGACUAAGGACUGGCCAGGUGUGUGGAACGAUAGUCAACAAGCCCGGGAUAUCCAGACAGCAAUCGACAAGAUUCAUCAGGAAAGGGCAUCGAACCCUGAUACUGGCGACGAUAACGCCCAGAAGGGAGAAUAUGCCAUGCCUUUCCCCAGCCAGUUGUGGCACGUAACCCAUCGUGUCUUCCAGCAGUAUUGGCGCGAACCCUCUUACGUGUGGGCUAAGCUGAUUCUAGCUACGGCUUCCUCUUUAUUCAUCGGGUUCACAUUUUUUAAACCUGACAACAACUUGCAGGGGUUCCAGGAUGUUUUGUUCAGUGCCUUCAUGCUCUGUUCAAUUUUCUCGACUUUGGUGCAACAGAUCAUGCCAAAGUUCGUGGUUCAGCGGUCACUUUACGAAGUUCGAGAACGGCCAUCGAAAGCUUAUUCAUGGGCAGCAUUCCUUGUCGCCAAUGUUCUCGUUGAGAUCCCGUACCAAGUUCUCGCCGGAAUCAUCGCCUACGCGUGUUACUACUACCCUACAUAUGGAGCCAAUCAAGCCUCCCAUCGACAAGGGCUCAUGUUACUCUUCGUCGUACAGUUCUACGUGUUCACCUCAACGUUUGCCGCUUUGGUAAUCUCCGCUCUGCCCGACGCCGAAACAGGAGGUUCCAUUGCAACGCUGUUGUUCAUCAUGGCUCUGACAUUCAAUGGUGUCAUGCAACCACCCCAGGCCCUGCCAGGCUUCUGGAUCUUCAUGUACCGGGUCUCUCCACUGACCUACCUGAUUGCGGGCAUCACAGCGACAGGGUUACACGGAAGAGGAAUUCAAUGUUCCAACGAGGAGAUGAGCGUAUUCAACCCCCCUUCUGGUCAGACUUGUGGCCAAUAUAUGUCGCAAUACUUGCAAGUUGCUCCGGGACAACUGUAUAACCCAACAGCAACCCAGGAUUGCCAAUACUGUCAAUUGCAGAAUGCCGACCAAUACUUGGCAUCCAGUGAAAUUUACUACAGCCAACGCUGGCGUAACUUCGGCAUUGGAUGGGCGUACGUGGGGUUCAACAUUCUGGGCACCGUCGCCCUGUACUACAUGUUCCGGGUGAAGCACUACAACCCCACCAGCUUGGUGAGAGGAGCGGUGCAGGGUGCAAGGGUGGUCUGCCGCGUGUUCAAGAGGCGAUCCGGACAGACGCCAAAGGGAAGAGAAGCCGAGAACGGCAGAUUGUACUAGGGGUCUGUAUCAUUGACAUGGCUGUCCUGCGAUAUUAUGGCUAUGUGGUUAUUCCAGCACGUCGCUGGAACUUUAUAAUGUUAUAAUUAGUAUCUUUCGUAUGUAAUGGUAAAUUAAUAUACUUCUUGCUACCAAUCCGUCA